AUGGUGCGACACAUAGCGGCUCAGCCUGCUCUGGACUUGUUCACCAUCCAUUCGCGUCGGUGCCUGCCAGGUCAGUAUAACUUUGAUUGGCGACCCAGAAUGGUUGAUCCGGUCAAACCUGACCAAAAUGGCGCAAAUCGUUCCAAGAUGCACGUUUUGAGCUUUAGCUACUUCCACGGGCUUGAUAAGCUUACACUUUUAUUUGUUCUAACCUUUAUUCCACCGCUGAUUUUAUCCGAGCCACAACCAAGUGCCCGUAACACCCUGGUGUGGAGACUGGAGCUUCCCGACCCAUCCGACCCCAGCGAUGACUUGUUUGACAAGCGAAAAGCAUGGCUCCACCUUGAAAUGAAGUGGCGACUUGGAAAUGCUCUUGUCUUCGGCUCGCUAUGCUCACAUGUUGCGGCGUGGAUUUACUUACUCCGUGCGCAGUACAGACCCGUUGCUGGAUUUUAUGAUAGAAUGCUCGCUGAUCGGCUUCUACUGAUAAAACUAAGAGCACACGACGAUGCGGACACCUUCUACGCAGAAAGAAGAGAGACGCUAAUGGCCCAAGAUCAUGAUACUUUCCAAUGA